UCACGCACUGUCCCCACCUUCCCUGGCUGCAGGAUCCGCAUGGCCGGACCAGCUCAGACCAGUUCAGACCAGUUGGUUAUCAGAGCGUGCCAGCCGGGGAUAUUCCGGGGGCAGGGAAAUGAUAAAGGAAUGCGCAGGGGGCAGGGCGGGAUGGAACCAGCCCGCAGCAACAACACCUAUCCCCGCAGCAGGAAUUGCGGGGGAUCGAGGGGAGGAGAGGCUGUAGGAGCCGGGCUGGCUCGGGAGGGGAUGAACUGGGUGAGCAGCGGGUUUGGGACACCCUCAGAGCCGCUGAGGUGACAGAGGUAAUGAAUGGAUUCAAACCUGGUUCGUUAAAUCCAACGCGCGCGCUCAGGCUGUGACCGCAGGUAUCCGGUAAAACAAACAGCGGCAGGGUGUGGAAAACGCUUGUGCAGGACACACAGAGGUGUGGCAUGGACAGAAGGCAGGGUGGCGAUGAGGACACCAGAGGAAGACAUCGAGCCUUCAUCUUCACGAGCACCAAAGGCAGAUUACGACCCCCGAGUAACAGGACGCGCAGACGCAGAAACAACGCAGAGUAUAUCGGAAAACCACAAACACAGGAAAUAAAAACUGCAUAAAGUUGCGAGAACUCGCCUAAGGCUGUUUUACUCAGCUGUCGCUCGCUAAUGAAUUUCCUAUGAUUGAUCUAAAUUGGCUCCUCCGAUUGGUCACAGGUAUUUAUAACAGCGGACGGACAGACGGACACGCCGGGAGGUGACAGCCAGCGGCAGCUGUCCCGGCAUGGCAGAAAAGCUGAUCCCGCAGCUCCAGGAGCCCCCCCCGGGCAGGAUGUUCCCCCCCCGGGGCCACAGGAGGGGCCACCCCAGGCAGCCCGGCCCGUGGUGGGAUGGGCCAAGGCCAUGUCCCCCUCCUGGCCCUGAGGACACCUGGGGGGAGCCACCCUGGGGUCCCCCACCCUGGGGGGAGCCUCCCUGGCAUGAACCACCCCGGCAUGAGCCACCCCGGCAUGAACCACCCCGGCAUGAACCACCCCGGCAUGAACCACCCUGGCAUGAACCACCCUGGCAUGAACCACCCCAGGAGCAGCAGCACAGGAGAUGGCAGCACAGGCAGCACCAGGAGGAGAAUGGGAGAUGGGGACCCCAGGACUGUCCCCCACAGCCCCCCUGCGAUUUCCCAGGACCUGAGAACGGCUUUGGAGACGGCUGGCACCCGGUGAGGGGUGAUGAGCAGAGGGGUGGCAGCUUUGAGGAGAAUGGGAGAUGGGGACCUCAGGACUGUCCCCCACAGCCACCCUGGGGUUUCACAGAAGAUUUCCAAGGAGCUGAGAACGGCUUUGGGGACGGCUGGCACCCGGAGCUGCUGCCUGGUUCCUGGGCUGAAUUCCCCGAGGAGGAGCAGCCCCCACCCUGGCCCCCCUCCGGCCCUCCACGGAAUCCCGGAGCUUUCCGGGGUCACCCCCCGCCCUGGAGACGCUGUCCCCGCAGGAGCCACCUCCGGGAGCUGACCCCGGUCCCCCCGGCGUGGUGUCCCCGACCCCCCCGAGCUCACAAAUCACACUCCAAGAGGAGCCAGCCGGUGGCCAGGAAGGAGCUGCAGCCCCCGGAGCCCCCCCAGCCCCCGGAGCCCCCCCAGCCCCCGGAGCUCCCCCGGCCCCCGGAGCCCCCCCAGCCCCCGGAGCCCCUCCAAGGUGCAGCAGAGAGGCCGGAGCAGCCGCAGGAUGUGCCAGUGGGGAGUGGGGAUGUCCCGGAGCCCCCCGGUUUGGAGAGCCCAGCUGCCCGUCCUGGUGCUGUGGAGGUGCUGGUAGGAGAUUCCUCUGCUCCUGGGGUGCUCCCGGGCUGCUCCCACCUCUGGAGCUGCUGGAACAUCUCUCUCCUCUCUCACCCAGCUCUUCUCCUCUCUGCCUCGCUGUCUCUUUGCCAGGGAUGGAAUUUUUCCAGGCUCUUCUCCGAUUUCCUGUGGGUUUUAGUGCAUCCCAUGCCGGGAUCCUCACGGCAUUGCUGUCCCCAGGUGGAGCUGGAAGCUGGGCAGACCCCUGUGUGCAGCCAGGAGCGGGAUCCCUGUGCUUUGGGAACAGAUCCAGCCCCUCUGGAGGAGACCUCCAGGCAUCCUGAGAUCCAGGAUGAGGCAGAGCCGUGCAGUCCAGCUGUCCCCAAGGCUGGCAGCGGGCAGGGGUCACAUCCCCAGAGCCCAGCAGCCCCUCCAGACCCUGCCAGGAGGGAACGGCUGGAAUCCAGCUCCUCUGGAGAGGCGGGGGCUGAGCUCAGCCCGCAUUCCUGGGAGCAGCCACCACGUGGAGCUGGAGAAGCCGAGGCAGAAGCUGCCCAGGACGGGAGCCUUCAGCCACUGGAAAACCCUCAGGUGCCUCCAGGAUGUGCAGAGCUCGAGGCCCAGCCCAGCCAGGCUGCUCCUGGUGCCUGCAGCACCCCAGGGACCCGCCCGGGGCCCCAGCCUGGGGCUGCUGAGACAAACCCGGCUGUGUCUGGCCAGCACCAGCUCUGCUCCCUGCUCCCCACUCCGUUCCCGGCCGGCGUCGAUCUGCGCUCGGCUGCUGUCCUGGCCAAGAAGGCAGAGAUCGAGCUGUCGUACCAGCAGUUCAGCCUGACCAUUGCCGUGGUGGCCACGAUGCUGCUGCAGAAGGAGCCCUCGAUGGAGGCGGCGCUGGGGCUGGCGCUCAGGGCCAACCUCCGGCAGCGCCGCCUGCACCACCUGCAGCAGCUGCGGGAUUACAUCGACACCAUCGACGCGGCCACCGCCAGCCUCUGAUGGCAGCCACCCCCUCCUGCCAGCUGGAUGGGGGUCGUGGGGGCUGGGACAGCGCUGUGACAGCGCUCUGGGGUGCUCAGGAGGGUGCUGAGCCUGCGGGGUGAGGUGGGAGGUGUUGGCAGCUCUGUUGGAGAAGGAGGGUGAGCGGGGUAUGUUCGGUUUUAGCCCUGCCCAAACCCCUGAGGGCAGCAAAAGUUUUACUGGUUCUACUGGAGGGUGAUGGGAGGGAGGGCAGCAGUCCCUCUCCUCCGUUCCUGAUUAACCCAGUGGGAGUUUUUAGGUUUAAAUCUACAAAUAAACCACGU